AUGAAAGCUUCCACGAUUCUCAACAUUUCGCUUCUCCAGGCGGUGUCGAACCUAUACCUCGUCGAGGCUGCGAGUACGGAGGAGGAGCCAAUACUACUUCUUAGUGAAGACCCUACCUUUCACUUCGAAAUUCUCGGCGGCCUCGGGCAGGCUAUCGGCGGAGGGAGUGACAUUGCUCCCCUCCUCGCAGCUGCAAAAGAUAUCAAAGUUGGAGACUUUGAAACAUUCUCUGGAGUCCUAUUCAACCUUGCUAAUAAGACGAAGGCCCAGGCUUUGGACCCUACUCUUGCGUUCGACCCUAUCAAUGUGAGAGACACCUGGUUCUCUGUGGCGAACUACUUUCGCCGUGCGGACGCGUUCAGUAAGGGCAACUGGGAUAACCCGAUUAUCAAACAAUAUUGGAACGAGCAGCUCGCCGCCUUCAACAAAGGUCUGGCAGCGUUGCCCAUCCCUGGGGAGCGGGUUCAAAUCCCCGCCGACAACUUUACCGUCGAGGCCAUCUGGUACUCCGCAGAUAAGGAUAAGAAGAAGAGGCCAACAUUGAUUAUUGGCAAUGGUUAUGACGCUGCACAGGAGGAUAUGUACCAUAUUAUGGUUGUGCAUGCACAGGCCAUUGGAUGGAACGCCUUGACAUACGAAGGCCCUGGACAGCCUACCGUCCGGAGAAGCCAGGAUCUCGGUUUCAUCCCCGACUGGGAGCGUGUUCUCACACCUGCUGUCGACUAUGUAUUGAAUGAAAAGUCCGACGAGGUUGACACUGAACGACUGGCUCUUUACGGAAAUUCCAUGGGUGGCUACCUAGCAGCCCGAGCUGCAGCAUUUGAGCCACGGAUAAAAGCUGUGGCUUUGAAUGGCGGCGUAUUCUCUGUUCAUGACUCAUACAAAGCACAGCUUCCCGAUGACCUUUCAGAGAUCUAUGAAGCAGGUAAAAAAGAGGAAUUUGACCAAGUCGCACUAUCACUGCUUGCCCCUAACUCCACUGCCCCAACCAGUAUUCGUUGGGGUCUCGAACAAGGACUGUGGGCUUUCAAGACCAAAUCCCCAUAUGAAUUCUUCAAGAAAACAGAGCAAUAUACCCUGGAGGGCAUAACUGACCGUAUCAAUAUGCCCGUAUGGAUUGCUGAUGCCGAAUUUGAAGGGUUCUUCAAGGGCGAACCGCAGCGAGUUAAGGACGCACUUGGCGACAAGGCUACCUUUCACCUCUUCUCUGGAGAAGCCGGUUACCACACUCAAUCUGGGGCCUUUCAAGAAAUGACUCGCGUGAUCUUUGGUUGGCUUCAUCAGACGCUCGGGUAA